AUGACGUCUGCAGGCCCCAGCACCCACGACGACAAGAGCUUUAGCAACGUCAUCACCUCCACGUGCACCCCCGGCCCAUCGCCCGUCAACACACCAGGCGCCCUCUCCGCAUUGCCUGUCCCAAUGGCAGGCGGCCCACAUCACCACACACCAGGGAUGCCUUCCAACUCGAUCUCGAUAGCUGGUGCCUCGCAAGAUCAGAGCACUCCAGGCAGUUUCGGUCCCUCGUCCGUCAACGCGUCCUCGGACAUGGGCUCCGUCAUGACCGAAGACGAAGAGGAUUUGGAAGAUUACGGUAAGGGUGGCUACCAUCCCGUUCACGUCGGAGAUACCUUCUCAGACGGUCGAUAUCUCAUCGUCCGCAAGCUCGGAUGGGGUCACUUCUCGACGGUCUGGCUCGCAAAAGACAACAAGAUGAAGAGGCACGUUGCUUUGAAAGUAGUCAAGAGCGCACCUCACUACACAGAGACCGCAUUGGACGAGAUCAAGUUGCUCCAGCGUCUCGUCUCGGCCAACCCCAACCACCCCGGCAGGAGACAUUGCGUCUCGCUUCUCGACCACUUCCGUCACAAAGGCCCCAACGGCUCGCAUGUUUGCAUGGUCUUCGAGGUGCUCGGCGAGAACCUGCUCGGCCUCAUCAAGCGGUAUCAGCACCGCGGUGUGCCGCCACACAUUGUCAAGCAGAUUGCCAAGCAGGUGCUUCUUGGACUCGAUUACAUGCACCAGGAGUGCGGCAUCAUUCAUACCGACCUUAAGCCCGAAAAUGUGCUCAUUUGCAUCGAGGACGUCGAGGCGGUGGUCGAGGCCGAGUUGCGCUCCAACCCGGCGGCAGUCCCCACCAAGUUGGUCGGUGUGCCACCGAGUCAAGGCCGAGGCGGGACGCAAACACCGAAACGAGACGGCAUCUUCAUCACGGGCUCUCAGCCGUUGCCAAGUCCCAGCAGCAGUCUCGGUUCGAGUCCUAUGUUUGACAAGUGGGCGUUUGGCAUGUCCAAGAUCGACAAGCCGAGCGUCAGCGACAGCGAGAACGGCUUCCGCAGCGGCGCCAGCAGCGAGGCGGCGGGGUCCAAGGGUGGAUCGCUGGCCAACAGCAAGGAGAGGGAACAGUCGACCGAGAUGAUCGGCCACGGCAUCGCGCAGCUCAGCACACAAGGGUCGAGCAGCUUGCCUGCCGACUCGUUCGGAAGCCGAAUGUCGACUGGCGCGCCACAGCAGAAGGGUCCAUCGCUGCUUUCGCUCGGUGCGCCCCGCGUGCCGCAGGUAUCGGAAUCGUCGACACUGGCACCGCAGCCCGAAGAGGCCGCAGAGCCAACAGACUCGCCCUCGCCCAUGUCGAUGGACUCGCCCAGUCCGACCGACAAGCCAGACUCGACGCUCAUGGACCAGGACAUGCACCCACCCGCACCGGCAGCAGGCGAUCCCAACACGCUCCCGCCCCCCCCGCCGUACGACCCGAGCUCGCUGGAGCGCAUCACAGUCAAGAUCGCCGAUCUCGGCAACGCGUGUUGGGUCGACCACCACUUUACCAACGACAUCCAGACACGCCAGUAUCGAUGUCCCGAAGUCAUCCUGGGCGCCAAGUGGGGUCCGAGCGCCGAUAUGUGGUCGGCGAGCUGCAUGUUCUUCGAGCUGUUGACGGGCGACUACCUUUUCGACCCUGCGGCAGGUACCAAGUACAACAAAGACGACGACCACGUGGCACAGAUCAUCGAGCUCCUGGGCGACUUCCCCAAGAGCCUUGCGUUCGCCGGCAAGUACAGCGCAGACAUCUUCAACCGCCGGGGUGAGCUGCGACACAUUCACAAGCUGCGCUUCUGGCCGCUGAUCUCGGUGCUGCAGGAGAAGUAUCUGAUGCCGUAUGCCGAGGCAAACGAGCUGCAGAGCUUCUUGAUGCCCAUGAUGCGAUUGCACCCGGAGAAGCGAGCGGGUGCGCGGGAGUUGUUGGAGCACACGUGGCUGGAAGGGAUUGUGGUGCAGGGCGAGAUCGAGCAGGCGAUGCGACAGGCGGGAAUUGAUGUUGAGGCUUUGACUGCCGGUAGUCCGAGUGGUCGCACCUUGCCGCCCGGGUUGACGCCGAGCGAGGCGGAUGCGCUGAAGCCUGUGGGGUCGGUGUCGAGCAGCCCUGCAACGAUGACGUUGAACAUGCAGGGGCUGGAGGAUGCCAAGCGGCGGGCGGCGCAGCAUCAGGCGGAAAACGGCGGUUCGACGCAUACCAGCGCGGCAUCGUCCGCUCUGCCUACACCGUCCCACACCAGCACCAGGGACCCCGUGUCGGCGCUGCAGGCGGACAACCUGGAACGGUCGAGCUCAGCGGAUGCGGCAGGCGAAUCGCACAUGACCGUCAAAGGCGGUGGUGACGAUAGCGGCAUCCGUCAGGUCUCGACGCCCAAGCUGUCCGCUCAACAGCAGCAAGGCGGCAACUCGAGCAAUCGUGGGGCUGGCAGCCCCUCCCCGCAAGGCCUGCCCCGACCCGUGGCAACCACCGUGCAGUAG